GAAACGUCGAAUGGAAAGGUCUUAAACUAUUCCUGUUUGACUGACUGACUACAUUAACUGAUUGAUUAAGUUAAAACAAUGUAAAUAGAGAGAAAGAGGAAUAGAGUGAAAAGUGCAUACAGCUCUGCCUAUUGCUAACAAGAAAAUAAGAUCAUAAUAAUUAUAAAAUACAACAUAAAUAUGUGUACAACACUUCUUUCUAUAUCGGUUUAUUAAUAAUAUGCACACUGUGGCAGAAGAAAUCAGAGAGAAAGAGAGCGUCGCUAACACGCAGUGUAUAAAUCGUAUCAUAAGUGACUCAAACUUAACUGAGUAAUGAUGGUGUUGUGAUUGAUUUUAGUAUGCCGUGGACUCUAAAUAAGGAUAGACAUGUCAAUACGCGUUAUUCUGACUUUAGACAUAAUAGUGCAGUGAUUGAGCAAAUAAAUUUUAAUUGAUGUUACUUAACAUAAAUCCUAAUCAGUGAUUUCAAAACACAACAGCAACAAAAAAGAUAUUGGAAAACUAUUAGUGCGACUUUUUCACUUGUUGUCUUCGCAUAAGGCGGCGUGUAAAAAUUUUAAUUAUCAGUUUUUGGGAUUUUAGUAUGCUUUGUCCACCAACGAUGCGUCCAGCAAGCCCAGCCGAAUCGGAAAUUUCAGUAGGAGGUGCACCUAGCCCCUUACCACAGAAUCAGAAUCGCAGUGCUAUUGAUUUACUGCAUCAACAACAAUUACUUAUGCAUCAACAUGCUGUAGCAGCGGCGGCGGCUGCCGGCUUUACACGUGCUGCUGCCGUCGGUACUGUGCCUGAAGAAUAUUUCCAACCUCUAAAACGUUUACGUAUAUCCGCUGAUUCUGGUGAGCUUAAAGAAAGAUCCCCCAGCCCCAUGCGAUCCACCCAUUCUAUCAACGCUUUAGCAACAGCAACAAACGCCAGCACAAAGGCUAAUAUCGAGGGAGUGAAAAGUUUUUCCAUAGCAGACAUAUUAGGCCAUGAGAAACGAGAUUCUAUACCAAGCUCUCCACCACCCGUAACGCACAGUUCAGGCUUAUUGCAGCCACGAACGGAACCAUUAGAUAUAGUUAGCGCAACUGUUCCACAUCCUGCCGCUGCUGCUGCCAUGCUUAUACCUGGCUCUCCACACGUGGUAAGACCUUGGGAUCAUUUAUUAGGUCCCAUGCCAGUGCGACCAUUUAUUCCGUCUGCCUUGUUGCAUUACGAACAACGUUUAGCUUUAGAUUAUCACCGCCAAUUGCAAGAACAUUUCAACGCUCAAGCUCAACUUCUACGACAUAUGAAUGGGAUGGAUAUAAUACCAUCAGAAAGUGGUAGUGAAAGAUCUAGCUCUGCGGCCAGUGACUGCUGUUCUCCAGAAAUACUUCGCGCUUCUAACGAAACCCACGCCAAACAUACAGCUCAGACCAGUAGUGAACGAUCACACGCGAGUAAUUUAAACUCAAAUAACACUACGAGUACCCAAACAUCAAACAACAGCAAUCAAGGUGGUAGCGGUAAAACGAAAGCAAACGGUACACCAUUGGAUGCUCUAUUUCAAAUGACAACCAAAGAUUUCGAUGAAUCCCAAGAUAAGUCGCAUUUGGAUAUAUUCUCGAAUCGGCCGCAGCCAAAAAAGAAGCGAAAAUCGCGGACUGCAUUCACCAAUCAUCAGAUUUUCGAAUUGGAAAAACGUUUUCUUUAUCAAAAGUAUCUAUCGCCUGCUGAUCGUGAUGAAAUUGCCGCAUCUUUGGGUCUUUCUAAUGCCCAAGUGAUUACGUGGUUUCAAAACAGACGAGCGAAGCAGAAACGUGAUAUUGAAGAAUUAAAAAAAGACUUCGAGAGCGUUAAAGUUUUUUCCGGCCAUAAAUCAUUCUUAGAGAAUGUUAACGACUUAAGCAUUCUAAAGAAGAAGCCCCUACAUCCCGACGCAGCGGUAAUGGGAGGUCUGGCGGCGGCAGCCGCCGCAGGUAUGAUGCCCGUGGUAACUGCUCCUCCACCUCCCCCACCGCCCCUGUCAAACCUUAGCCCGCAGAAAUGAAUACGUGCCUAUAAACGUCUCCCGCAUAUCAACUGAGAUUUAAGUUCAGUUAGUUGAGAUCCAGGAAAUGAGCAAAACUCUGAGAACAGUUUCAAAACUAUUCCUAAAUAUUUCGAAAUUACGUGCGUGUUUUUCAAAGACAUUGAUUCACAAGUGAACAAUUUGGCCUACACUCUACGCUGGCUUUGCAGCGUCAACGGCAAUAAGCAUUAAGUUAACGCGCACCGGAGAUUUGCUUGCUCAGUCAAUAUGCACACAAACAUACGGUUAAAGCAAAAAAGUUCGAUCAGUAGUCACUACAUUCCAAUGGUCUCGAUCACCGCAAAAAAUACCAAAGAACGUUGUUGCCAAUGUCUCUAUUGCAUCAAUGAUCUGUAAAAGUUUCAAACUUAGAGACAAAAACACACACAGCGCGUCGUAGCAGAUAUGUGACAAAAAGUUACAGCAAAGCAGUUAAGGCAAACGCAAACUAACUAACAUCCUAGAAGAAUGGUUCUGAUCGCAAAGGAGUGCGCAUAUCUUACGUGAGGUGACAAAAGGAAUGCCAACUCAUCAUUUUGAAUGUAUAUAGAUAGAUAGAUAGAUAGAUAGAUAUCUGUUAAAUUUCUAA